ACGAUAUCUGCCAAUCACAAAUCCUAGAACUUGACACUGUUAAUUAAUAAAGAUGGGGUAUAAAGGCGUCGGUUUGCCUACCCACACGGCUACAACAACGCGUACGAAGCCAUCUAAGAUGUACAAGGAGAAGGAAGAUGUUGUACGUUGGAUCUUUAAAUUCGUAGGACGUCGUAAGAAGAUCCUCUUCAUUAUCUCAAUUCUUGUUUUCAUUCGGGUCCUUUACGUCUGGCAUGGUAAAUUACUUUUCUUCGAUUGUUGUGUAGUUAUGGUGAUUUUUGAGUUUUCUUAUAGCUUAUGUUUCAGUUUUAGCAGACUACUUGGAGAACCUCUUUUCUCUUCUUCUUCAUAUUAAGCUUUUUCUCAAGAGUCUUUUUUUUAUCACCUUUCUCAAGAGUCUUAAGAGUAGCUAAAGCAUUAUUUUUAUUUUUUUGGAACUCAAACCUAAAGCAGUAAAAUUACAAAAAUGUAGCUGGAUUCUAUAUUGUUCCUAUUUCUACAAAACAAACCGUACACUAGAGUCUAGAGCCGAUCUUGAACAUAACCAGAUGAAACACUGGUUUUGAAUCUCAAAUUUUUUUUUUUUUGGCAACUGCAUUUAUCCUCUAUGUUUUGGUUGUAACCAGGUGAAGAUGGUCAGAAAGUUGAAGCUCCUCACAGUGAGACUACAAAUAAAGAGCCAUUAAGCAAUAUCCAUAACAAUUUAUCUCACGUGGUAAAAGCUGCAAAAGUGUAUCGGCCUCGUCCUCCUCCAUAUUUUCGUGGCUAUACACUUUCUCCAGAUCAUCCCUGUAACCGGUUCACGUUACCUCCUCCACCAGCUGACAAGAAGAGAACCGGACCACGCCCAUGCCCGGUUUGUUACCUUCCAUUAGAAGAAGCAAUCGCCUUAAUGCCAAGCUCAUCGUCGUUUUCCCCUAUUCUUAAGAAUCUAACAUAUAUACAUGAGAAGCCACUUAAUCGGAAAACAGAGUUUGGAGGGUCAGAUUUUGGCGGUUAUCCGACUUUGAAACAAAGGAGAAGAUCUUUUAACAUCAAAGGAUCAAUGAGUGUGCAUUGCGGAUUUGUCAAAGGACGUCAACCUGGAAGAGGAACAGGAUUUGAUAUCAACGAGAAAGAUCUUCUUGAAAUGAAGCGGUGUCGAGGGAUAGUUGUUGCUUCAACAGUAUUUGAUGCUUUUGACGAUGUGAAGAGCCCUAGCAAUAUUAGUAAAUACUCCGAGCAAACGGUUUGCUUCUUCAUGUUUAUUGAUGAGAAGACCGAAUCAAGCUUGAAAAGAGAUAAAAAGUUUAAUAGAACCACCAAGAAAGUAGGGUUAUGGAGAGUUGUUGUUGUUCACAACCUUCCUUAUACAGAUGGAAGACGCAAUGGAAAGGUACCAAAGCUUCUUGUCCAUAGGCUGUUUCCGAAUUCUCGGUAUUCUUUAUGGAUGGAUGGGAAACUGGACCUUGUGGUCGAUCCACAUCAAAUUCUAGAGAGGUUCUUGUGGAGGGAGAAUGUCACAUUUGCAAUCUCUAGACAUUACAAACGGUUUGAUGUAUUUGUGGAAGCAGAAGCAAAUAAAGCUGCGGGUAAAUAUGCCAAUGCUUCAAUAGAUUUUCAAGUGGAUUUCUACAAGAAAGAAGGUCUAACACCUUAUUCUACAGCCAAGCUCCCAAUAACAAGCGAUGUACCAGAAGGAUGUGUCAUUUUAAGAGAGCAUGUUCCAAUUAGCAAUCUCUUUACUUGUCUUUGGUUCAAUGAAGUUGAUCGCUUCACUUCUAGAGAUCAAAUCAGUUUCUCAACAGUAAGAGACAAGAUUGCUGCGAGAACAAAAUGGAAUGUGAGUAUGUUUCUAGACUGCCAAAGACGCAACUUUGUGGUUCAGAGAUAUCAUCUAGCGGAUCAAGAGAAACUGAAGAAGAAACCAACUCCAAUGGCCAUACUCCCUCCACCGGCAUUGGUCAGCAGCGAUUUGCCUAGAAAGUUGAACAAUGUGAGUCAAGUCGUGAGCAUAACACAACCUAAAAGGCGAGGAAGAGAUAAACAGUUAAGUGCAAGGAGUCAGAGAAAAGCUAAUUUGCCUACAAGAUCACCAGAGCCAGCUUAAGAACAAUUGAAUUGGUUGGUUAAUUUAUUUCAAAGAGUUCAAAGUCAGUCUUUUAAGGUAACUGCACUACAUACGAACACAUUGUAAUUGGACAUCACGUUAUAAAGAAAAUUUCUUAUGAUGCAUAUCUACGAUUAUGUAUCUCAUUGUUCUUUAAUUAAUUCACAUUAGCAAUCUAGCAUGUAUAAGGAAUAUAACAAGGUUUUGUAAUCAAAAUCAUCUAUUGGAUGACUAACUACAAUACGCAAUUUGAAUUAUUUAUA